CAAUCAGCUUUUUAUUUAUCAACCAAAUCAGAGCAACACACAUUCACAGCAUACAGAAAGACAUCCCCAGCAAGGAAACUUCUCAUUCUUAAGGACAAGUCACAGGUGGAGAUGUCCCUCUUUCUUUGGAUGUCAUUUCAUCCAUAUGUGACACCUAGACCAGCUGCAAUCACCUUGCUAGCAGCCCACCGAUGAAACAAUUAUUGAAGAGGACAGAGGGGAGAAGCACAAAGAAUAUGGGUCCCUGGUGAUGUCAUUCAUCUGAGAAACACCCAAGCAUGGCAUCUCUCCAACUAGAACCCUCCAUUUAUAUGAGAUAGUGAUGUAUCCUUUAGUUAAAUUAGUUUCCAUCAGGUUUUCUGUUAAUUGCAGUGUAGACUGCCUUAGCUGACAGAACAAGCCAACAGGAACUGGAACAUUAAAGCCAGAGUGAACCUAUAGCCAAACUCAAUGUUUAUCUACCGAGGGCUAUUUUCAACUCUCUCAUGUAAGCCCUGGAGCAGCCCCCAAUAGUCUACAGCCAGCUGAGCCUACAGGUGUGGAGCUCCCAGCUACAGCUGUCAGAGAGUUGAGAAGAUGCAGAACCAGCCAGUCUGUUACAAGAAUCCAUUCAAGAGCUUCUGAGAACACAAAUGUCCAGGCCAGUUGGACACUUCCCAUUCCCUCUGGGGACCCUCCCUUGGCCUCAUUAGACAAAUCCCACAGCUGCCAUGCAUAGAGCCUGACUCCAAAUGCAGAAGAGUGUUCUAUGGGGCCCCCUCUCCAAUGCUAUAUUCCCUGAACAGCUGGGACUCUGGGGCACUAGUCCCCUGGGGAAAAUUCAUUCCAAAAUAAUAGAAAGGCACAUUUACAGGCAUUGCAACUCAGAACCCCUACUUGUGGCAGAAAGGUCAAGUUGAGCAUGAUUCUAGCAGAGGUCAAUAGGCUUUCUGACUUGAAUCUUAAAGGCCUUCCAGGUUCUUAUACUAUUCGUGGCUUUAUAUCUUCCAGUGAAAUGGGAGUCCAAGCAACAUCAUGGCUGAAUUCCUCACCCUUCACAGUUACACAGGAUACCAAGAGUGGAACAGCUCACUAAGACCAACUCUUGAAUAAGUGGGGAUAUAAACAAGUGAGGAGUGCAUUUGUGCCCUUCACUGGCAUCUGAAAUAGGGCUGGAGCUCAGGUCCUCUUCCUCAUAGCCAAUGUGGUUUCUUUCCUUGGCUUGAUCACAAUAUCAGCACAGGAGUGCUGAGAACAAGCGGCUAAAUGCUUAGAAAUGAAUAGUGGGAGAGCGGCGGUGGCAGCGCGGGGCUACAUUGGGAGUCUCGCGGCGAAGACCAUGGCUGGAGGCAAAGCUGGGAAAGACGGUCGGAAGGCCAAGUCUAAGGCGGUGUCGCGCUCCCAGAGAGCUGGGCUGCAGUUUCCUGUGGGCUGCAUCCUCAGACACUUGAAGACUCGCACCACCAGCCAUGGACGGGUGGGUGUCACUGCUGCUGUGUACAGUGCUGCAAUUAUGGAGUACCUCACAGCUGAGGUGCUGGGGUUGGCAGGCAAUGCUUCCAAGGAUCUCAAAGUAAAGCGCACCACUCCACGUCACUUGCAGCUUGCAAUCCGAGGUGAGGAAGAGUUGGAUUCACUUAUCAAGGCUACCAUAGCCGGCGGCGGUGUGAUCCCGCACAUCCACAAAUCCCUGAUUGGGAAGAAGGGACAGCAGAAAAUUGCUUAGGAAGUUUCAUUGAACCAAACUGUUCUCCCUCACUGUCUGUGACUGG